AUGGCUGACCAGAGCGAGAAACCGACGACUCAGACCUGGGUUCAUGAUAUUCAAACCAACAACCCCAGUGAAUGGAACCUGGAAAGCGUUCUCCCACGUACCGGCAAGCCAUGGUACAAGAGCCAUCAUCUGUUGCUCCUCAAUCUUGGAAUGAUUAUUCCCUAUCUAUCCUCCACGACCAACGGCUAUGAUGGUUCCAUGCUCAACGGCCUGCAGUCGAUGAGCCAGUGGCAGGACUUUUUCGGCCAUCCGACUGGUACACGUUUAGGAUCACUUUCAAACGGAGUGAUCUUCGGUCAAAUCGCCGCCUUCCCCAUCGCCCCUUGGCUCUGUGACCACACAGGCCGACGAUUCCCAAUCUUUCUCGGAUCAGCCCUCCUCGUGGUUGGAGCCAUUCUUCAAUGCGCCGCCCAGAACUAUGCCAUGUUUCUGGUCGCCCGCAUGGUGAUCGGAUUUGGUGGUUUGAUUGCAGUUGAGGCAUCACCGAUGUUAGUCAGUGAAUUGGCGUAUCCGACACAUCGAUCCGUCCUAGUCGGCUAUUACAACAAUCUGUGGUAUCUAGGAGCUUUGCUUGCCGCGUGGAUUACAUACGGAACGUACUUCAUGGGCCCAAACUUGUCAUGGGCCUGGCGCAUCCCGUCCCUUCUGCAGGGAUUCUUUCCCCUCGUGCAAGUCAUUUUCAUAUACAUGCUUCCCGAGUCGCCCCGAUAUCUUGUGCAGAAAGACCGCUACGACGAAGCCCGAAAGGUAUUGACAAAGUAUCAUGCUGGCGGAGACGAGAACUCUCCCCUUGUUGACUUCGAGAUGAAAGAGAUUAUCUUAUCGAUCCAGACAGCCAAAGCAGCUUCUCAAACCGGCUAUCGCGAGUUUAUAAGCACUCGCGGUAACUUGCAUCGCCUCUUCAUCAUCAUCGCAGUCCCAUGCAUGAUGCAGCUCUCUGGAAACGGUCUGAUCGCCUACUAUCUCCACCUGAUUCUCAACUCCAUUGGUUUAUCCUCCGACCCGCAGCAACUCCGUAUCAACGGUGGUCUGACGGUGUUCAACUUGGGUGUCUCAAUUAUUCUUGCCUCGUUUAUGGAGGUAGUUGGUCGCCGAAGGCUGUUUCUUUUCUCCACUGUGGGCAUGCUAGCCUGCUAUAUGAUCUGGACAAUUUUAUCUGCAAUCAAUGAGCAGCGCCAUUUCGAAGAUACCAGUCUCGGCACAGGCGUCAUCGUCAUGAUUUUCAUGUAUCAGUUCUUCUACAAUGCCGGUCUCAAUGGACCCCCUUGGGUUUAUGUGACAGAAGUACUUCCUACUCAUCUCCGUGCCAAGGGAACGAAUAUCAUGCAAAUCGCGGCAACGUGUGCUAUUCUAUUUAAUGGAUAUGCCAACCCCAUCGCAAUGGAUGCGAUCAGCUGGAAAUACUAUAUCGUUUACUGCUGUGUGAUUGCUGUUGAAAUUGCACUGGUCUAUUUUGGCUUCCCUGAGACCAAGGGUCGCAGUUUGGAAGAGGUAGCGUUGAUUUUCGAUGGAGACAAGGCCUUUGGCGACGUACAGGAGAAACAGAAUCCGGAUGAAGUUUGA